AUGAGGCUUCCAACGACCCUUGGAUUUUCAGCACCAAAUCGAGAGGGUGAUUUCAACAUUAUUUUGAAGCUGGAAGAAAGCUCUAAUCCAGUUAACUCCAAUAUCAUUAGUGACAUCUCUGAUUUCCAGGAAUGUGUUGAGGAUCUGGAUGUUUUUGAUCACCAAUUCAUUGGUCCAUUGUUCACUUGGUCCAAUAAGCAGCAGUACACCUACCUAUCUCGCAAACUGGAUCGAGUCCUCAUCAAUCAUUGUUGGAUCGAGGCUUUUCCUUCUUCUGAGGUUGAGUUCCAAGCGCCAGGGGACUCACAUCAUAGUCCAGCCCUAGUCUGGAUGCACAGAGAUGCGCCUACUGCCAUGCCAAAACCCUUUAACCUCAUUUCUGAUGAGCUGAGGACAGAGGAUGAAUUAAGGGCCCUUGAGUACAUGGAGCUCCUUUUCUACAAACAAAAAGCGAAGGCUGAUUGGAUCAAAGAGGGGGAUCAAAGUACCCGUUUCUUUCAUGCUAUGGUGGCUAGUAAAAAGUUGAGUAGAACCAUUCGGGUCCUUUAUGAUCAUGAAGGAAAUAGACUUAGUACAUUUGAUGCAAUGUCAAAUGAAGCUAUUAAUUUCUUUUACAAACAACUAGGGGUGGCUGAUCCGGAUGUUAACUGCUGUAAUGUUAGCAUUAUCAAAGAACUUCUUGGCUACUCUUUGCCAGAGGGUGCAGCCGAGUCUUUAACCAGAGAUGUCUCUGAUUCAGAGAUCAAUGAAGCUAUAUGGGGGCAAGGGAACAAUAAAUCCCCUGGCCCUGACGGAGGAUACGCUAGGAAGAAAAUUCCCCCUAGAUGUGCCCUCAAAAUUGACUUGCAAAAAGCUUUCGACUCCUUAAAUUGGGAUUUUGUGGGAAUUGUUUUGCAUGCAUUAGGACUUCCUGAAAAGUUUAUUGGCUGGGUCUUGGCUUGUAUUACUAAACCUAGCUACUCAAUAGUGUUCAAUGGGAGUCUCGUUGGCUAUUUCAAGGGUGCUCGGGGUGUUAGGCAGGGAGAACCCCUAUCACCAUAUAUUUUUGUUAUGGCCAUGAAUGUUCUAUCAUGCCUUCUGAAUGUGGCUGCUAUGAAAGAAGUUUUUAGAUUUCAUCCUAAGUGUAUAAAGGUUGGGCUCACCCACCUUUGCUUCACGGAUGAUCUUCUUGUCUUCUGCAAGGGUUCGUUGGACUUUGUUAUUGGUGUGCAGGUAGUUUUAGACAUGUUCUACUCCAUGUCUGGUUUAAAAUUAAAUGUCAGCAAGUGUGAAAUAUUUUGCACAGGGAUUUCUGAUGAGUGUUGUGCUGCUAUUAAAGAGGCCACUGGCUUUAAGUUGGGUUCCCUUCUUGUUCGAUACUUGGGAGUCCCUCUUGUAACCAGGAAGCUCGCAGUUAAGGAUUGCCACAGUCUUAUUGACAAGAUCAGGGCCAAGUUGAACUUGUGGGCCAACAAGUACCUCAGUUUUGUUGGGAGGCUUUGCUCCAGAUUUUUCUGGAAGGGAUCCGAUUUACCUGCUAAAGGUGCUCGGGUUAGCUGGAAGAAUAUUUGUUUAUUGAAGUCUGAGGGUGGGUUAGGUGUUCAAGCUGUCGGUGACUGGAAUAAAGCUUGUGCUGUACACCUAAUCAAGAAAUUACUAGCAAAUAAGGGCUCUCUUUGGGUUGCUUGGAUGCGAGCCUACGUGAUCGGGAAUGAUGACUUCUGGCAGAUGAAUAUUCCCAUGAAUGUGAGCUGGGGCUUUAAGUACAUUCUGAAAAUCAGACCUAGUGUCUCCCAUCUAUUUGCUAGCCCAGACCGUAACUUAAGCACUAGAAGCAUAUGGGAAGCUCUACGAUCUAGAGCUCCUAAGGUUCCUUGGCAGCAUAUUGUUUGGUUCCCUGGGCGUAUCCCUAAGCAUAGUGUCAAAGCGUGGAUGACCAUUCUUGACAGGAUCCCUACUCGGAUUAGGCUUUAA